GUAACGAUUCAUCGAGACUCGAGAGCCGAGAGGUAAGAAGACAGAAAAUGGCGGCUAUGCGAGAAACAAUGUGUUAUUUUACAUAAUAUUUCAUCUUCACCCUACCUUGUAAGAAAUUGUGCCAUGCAACACAACGAGAAAGGAGGCUAAUUUCUUAGCGUUACUUAAAUUUUAAAGAUUUGGUUUUAUCGCUUAUUCGAGGAUUGGGUUAAUUUCAACGAUACAACUCUGAUCUUGCCUUGUCGAAAAUGGACGACUAUCCAGAACUAAAUAGUCUAUUGUCAAUGGUACAACAAAACGAUACACACAAGAAAAUGAUGGCCAGCGAAGAGUUGAAGAAGUAUCUGAGUAAUCCUCUAAGUCCGCUUACUGCUGAUGCGAUCGAUUGCCUUGUCGACAACUUUAAAAUAUGGAUAAACAGUGGAAAUUAUAAGAUCAGUGCUAGUGGUUUGGAAUUAUUUACAAUUCUUAUUAGAAGAGGUGGAAAAUCUGUAAAAUUGAAUUUGAAUAAAGUUGUCCCUAUAAUCAUUGAUCGCCUUGGCGACAGCAAAGCAGUGGUUCGAGAAAAUUCACGAUCAUUCCUUCAGGAACUAAUGCACUCAUUCACCCCUCAGGUUGUGUUAGAUUUGUUGAUACCAGCAUUUUCUCAUAAAGGCUUUAAAGUUCGUGAAGAAGUUAUGACAUGUUUCAUGGAUUCAAUCAAUGUAUUUGGUGUAACCAAUUUGUCUAUAUCAAAGUUCACCCCUCAUAUAUGCAAAUUAUUGGGUGAUGCUAACAGUCAGGUGCGGGAUAAUGCCAUUCGUACUCUUGUUGAAAUAUAUCGACAUGUUGGUGAAAAAGUUCGCAUUGAUUUAAGUAAAAGAGGAAUUCCACCUACAAGACUUUCAUUGAUCAACUCAAAAUUCGAUGAAGUGUUAAAGUCUGGUACUAUGAUUGCUUCGGCUACGGACGGUCCACCAAAAGCGAAUGGGGAUGUACAAGAACCCGUCAAGAUGCGAGAAGCAAGUGUUAAACUGAAAAAAUCAAAUUUGCGAAAUGAAGCAAAAAGCGAAGGAUCCUCAACAUCAGGACUUGCUGCGGGUGCUGUCGAUGAAAAUGAUUUUAUUCGAGCAUACACGGAUACUCCAACUGUCCAGAUUGGUUCGGCCAGAGAGUUGAGUGAUGCGUUAACAAAGAUUUCCAACGCGUUAUCAAGUCCAUCAGAUGACUGGGAGGAACAUGUUGCCGCAUUAAAAAGAGUCCGUAGUUUGGUGGACGGAGGUUCGCUUGAUUUUGACUUUAUGACACAAUUGAAGCCUUUGGAAGGUGCUUUUAAUGCGGCUGUCAAAUCAUUGAGAUCUGCUGUGGCUAGAGAGGCAUGUGUGACAUUGAGCUAUCUUGCUACAAAACUUGGCAAUAAAUUUGGUCCAGUCGUAGACGGUAUUCUUCCAACGGUAAUUGACCUAAACGCGAACACUGCGACUAAGGUAAUGGCUUCAUCUGGGGAUACAUGUGCAAAGAUAAUCAUUAAGAACACCCAUUAUCCCAGACUUAUUCUUCACAUUACUACUCGAAUGACGUCAAGAUCAACACCUGUCCGAAUUCGUUGCGCAGAUUAUGUUGUGCUACUUUUGGAAUAUUGGGAACUGCAUUAUCUAAAAUCACAUGUUGAUGAAUUAGAGAAGGUUGUUCGAAAUGGCUUAAGUGACGCAAGUUCUGAUGUCCGUGCAAUUAUAAGAAAGGCGUUUUGGCAAUUUUCGAAAUUAUUUAAAGACAAGGCAGACAAAAUGUUCAAUGACUUAGACAAAAGCAAACAAAAACUACUUGAAGUUGACAAAAAGUCUUCUGAUAUUGAUCAUACAGUUGAAAAAUCCACGAGUUCUCGCGGGUCAAUAAGAACUCGACCGACCAGUGCGACUUCAAGAGUAACGAGGACUGAUGUAGUCACUAAUAAUAAACCGACAAGAUUAAAUUCAAGAGAGGCCUCACCAGGACGUCGAGCGUUACCUGGAAAGAAAAAUAACUCUUCAACUCCCAGUCGAAUGGUUGCUAGAUCAGUCAGUAGUGUCGAUGCUCGUGCAGCUGAACGAGCGCGCAUGCGUCGUAGAUCAAGAACAGAAGAUGCAGUUAAACCGUCAAACUAUGCACCAAGUGAUGUUAGACCUAGACCAUCACGGUCUUCAUCGAAAGUCGUUCAUCGAGGAUACAUGUCACAACCUGCUAGUCGCUCUACUUCACCUUCACGCCUCCAUUUUAUGUUUUCACCGAAAGAAAGAUCAAACGUAUAUUCUACUAUGGCAAGUCCUUUAAGAUCAAAGAUACCGACACCAAAUUCCCGUUCUGCAUCACGAUGCAACUCACGUGCCAGCAGUCGUGAUCCUAGCCCUACACGUGAUCGUGGUUUACGUAGUUUCAGUAGCAGUAGCUUACAUGGAAGGAAACCAUCUCAUGUGAGGAGACUGGAUGCGAAGGAUUUUACCGAAGCUGCUGUUUGGGAUGCUUUGUCGAAAAGUCCACGACCGCGAAAUUACUCGUUUAAUUCAACAUGUUCUGAAGAACAAGAUGAAGGCAGUGAUACAUCUAGUGUACACUCAGAUAGAUCAUCUUCUGUUAUGACAACUCUGGAAAUCUCCGAAAUUACUCGUUUGUGCCAAAGCAAGAGUUGGUCUGAACGUCGUGAUGCUCUCACUGCUAUUCAAGCUUACCUUCGAACUUCACGUACUCUCACUCAUACGGAAAUCGUAGUCUGUGUUGAAUGUUUCAAUCGGUUUUUCUACGAUCCUCAUAAUAAAGUCUAUAGUGCAUUCCUGGACACCCUUACGGAUUUCAUGGUUAUACAUAAAGCUGACCUUAACGAAUGGUUAUUUAUUUUGCUGACACGAUUACUUGGUAAACUGGGUGGUGACUUACUUGCUUCUGUACAUUCCAAAGUUGUUAGAGUCUUGGAUGUUGUCAGAGAUUCGUUUCCGUUGUACGUUCAAUUUUCAGUAAUGACGAAAUAUAUUUCUAUGUCAGAAAUACCAAAUCCAAAGACCAGAGUUGCCAUCUUAAUUUAUUUGCAAGGGCUCAUUGUACGGUUGGAUGCUGCAGACUUUAUCAAUUCAUCGGAGACGAGGCUGACAGUAUCACGAUUAAUCGAGUGGAAUUCGGACCCGAAAAGCGGCGAGGUUCGAAAGGAAUCUGCGAAUGUCGUGAUUGCGUUAUUUGAAUUGAAUACUCCAAUAUUCAGUAGCAUGUUGCCUGAGUUUUCAAAAACACUUCACGAGACCGCCAAAAAACUUAUCCUUAAUCACUUGAAGAAAGUUGACAAUGAUCCUAGGGCGUACACUUCAAAGUCCGAUGUAUCAAACGCAAAACCGCCAUCCUCUCCUGGUCGCCUUGGUUACCGUAGUAUUCCUCUCGCAGCGCCAAGACAUUCGAGCAAUGGCGAUGAUCCGGUUGCAUCUGUAGAUGUUGUUUCUAAUGCACUUUCCCCGUUACAACGAGAGGAUAGUGCAACAUCUCUACGCUCGAAUGAAAGCUCUGAAUCCUUAGAAGGAAAGAAAGCAUGUGGAAACCCCCCGGAAAAUUCACCGAGUAUUACGUCAUCUGGUUAUCAUAGUGAUGAGAUCCAUACAAAUGAUACAGUAAUUAAUAACAGCUCACGUCAUGUGUUACAUUCAGAACCGAAAUUACCCACAAGUCCCUCCUUUUCUGUCUCUAAAAAUACUGAGUACGAUGCUUCUCGCUAUCAAGAUGAAACAUCUCGUGUUUCGACCGAUACAAGUGUAAAUGGUGUUGAUACCAAACAAGAUAAUGUGACAGUAUCCAUAUCGAAUGAAUCGUCUGAUACAUUUAAUAAAGCUAUUCAUGAUGAUGUUGAAUCAAUUCGUCAGCUGUUGAUCCUUCUCUCUGACACCAAUAUCGAUGUGAAACGGAAUGCCUUGACGGACCUUUUGAAAAUGGCUAGGGAAUCUUCACCAAGUUUGUGGGAGAGUCAGUUUAAGGACAUUUUAAUGUCUGUUAUCGAUAAAAUGAAGGAUCCUGAUGCUUCAAUCAGAGCUCUUGCAGUGCGAGUUAUCCGUGAUAUGGUCAAAGCUCAGCCUUAUAGCUUGAAUGAACUCAAUGGGCUUGUUAUAUCCGAAAUAUUACAUCUACACAAGGAUAUCGAUAAAAACGUGACUCGCACAGCGGAAGAAGCAGCUUUAACUCUCUCGAAAUCUAUAAGUCCAGAUGAAUGUAUGACUGUAUUAUCACCUUUAAUAGAUGAAAGCCAGUAUCCUGUUAACCUUGCUGCUAUCAAAAUGCUCACAAAGGCGUUGGAAAGUGUUGACAAUACGACGGUAGCAAUUAAUUUACCCCUUCUCGUUGCACCACUAUUAAAGUGUUAUGAUCAUUCAGAGAGUAGUGUUAGAAAGGAGAGUGUGUUUUGCUUAGUUGCUGUCCAUAACAUUGUCGGUGACGCCGUGAUGAAACCUUAUUUAGAAAAAUUACCUGCAACAAAGAUGAAACUAUUAAACUUAUAUAUAAAGCGAUCACAAAACAGUUCAAGCAGUUAAUCGUUGACGUAGAGGUGGAUUCAGUAAAUGUCAAUGAGAGGGAUGGUGAUCAAAGUUCUCGAGGCACGCUAUCAUAGAGGUCAUGCUUUCAUUGGAGAACGACUCAUGCAAAGAGUGAAGUUAAGAACAUUUUUAAUAUUAAUUUUAUUGCUAAACCGAUUUAGAUUUAUUGUUUCAGGUUAGCUAAAAUGCCUAAAACAUUAGUCUAGAAAUCAUAAGGUAAUUGCGUGCAUGCACUUCCUGAAACUGCACUUUGACUAAAAUACUUUAUGUAGUGGGAUUAUUGUGAUAGUUUGUUUUCAUAUUGCGUCAUUUUGCCCACGGAACUGAAAAAUUCAUAAAGUUCUAAUGUAUUGUCAUGGCUAUAGUAUGCAUUUUUAUUUUACUUUUGAAAAUAUCAUUGUAUUUCUAUAUGUAAGAGUUAGCUGUUUGAUGUUUUUAUGUACAAUAAAACUACAUAAUCUACUUAUUACAUAUAAA